CGGUUUUUUGGGUGGUGGUCUUACCCGCUCUGUCAGUGAGGGGGCAGCGGGGGCGCCCUACAAAUCAGCUCCCUUUGCUCAGAAGGGUGGCUGGGUGGGUGGGUCACCUCUCUCCCUUUAUUAUUCUCUCUUUUUUUGGGGGGGGGUCCCAGUUUCUUCCUCACUUCAAAGACCAAAUCUCCCUCCCCCUCCCCUUUUUAAAAUUGUGGAUAAUUUCCUAAGUGUGUGGGUCACACCCCCCACUUGUGUUUUGAGGCUGGGGGUCCCUUUCUCUCUUCCUCCCCUCUUUUCUUUCAGGGGGGCAAAUUAUUCCCUUGAAAAUUUUAAGGGGCGGCAUCUUCUUUUGGGGUGUAUUACCGCCCUACCCCGUUUUUCUAUAUUCCUUUUUUGCGUGGGUUAAGGGUCGUUUGUACCUCCUUCCUUUACUUCAGGGGACAGUUCUUUGGCAUCCCUUGAGACCUUAAGAAUUGCAUUCAACAGCUUUGAGGAGGACCUCUCCCCUGUUUUCUUUUAUUGGGGAUAAUGAUAUAUAUCUGCCAGGUUGUGUUUUUGUUUUUUGGCGGGGGAGUAAUCCACUCCUUCCUUGGGGUCCUCCCUCCUCUUACUCAAAUUCUCACCCCCUCCAUCUCCUAGACAUUGAUGGGCAGCACCUUCUCCUUUGAGGCUGUGUUUUUAUUUUGAAAAUUUCUUUCCCUCUGUAUGUGUCCCCCUCCCCUACUUUCUGAGACUUCUCAAAAUACAGCAUCCUGUGGGCAAGUCUCUACUAUUCUGGAUACCUCUAUAUUAUAUAUUUCCCAAGGCUGGGCUAGUUCAUAUCACCCCUUCACUCACACACACAUUUCUUUAUGGGAAAUGGCAUCUUUCCCAGUAUCCACUGGACAUCUCCUCCACUCCACUUCCUAGGACAGACCUUACACUGAACGUUGCUCUCUGCUUGGAGCAAAACUGUAAUGUGAAAACUCCCUGUUCCUUAGCCUCUACAACAAGGUAGAGGAACAGGACUUCUGCCCUUGGGAGACUAGAUUUGGUCCUUCUCAUUUGCUAGGCUCCCCUUCUCCCUUGUUAUUUGGUCAACAUGAAUUUCUCCGAGGUAUUUAAACUCUCCAGUCAGUUGUGCAGGUUCUCUCCGGAUGGAAAAUGCUUGGCCUCAGGUGUCCAGUAUCGUUUGGUGGUUCGUGAUGUAAACACUCUCCAAAUUCUGCAGCUCUUCACCUGCCUAGACCAAAUCCAGCACAUUGAGUGGUCUUCAGAUUCUCUUUUUAUAUUAUGUGCAAUGUACAAGCGUGGAAUUGUGCAGGUCUGGUCCUUGGAGCAGCCUGAUUGGCACUGCAAGAUCGAUGAAGGCUCAGCGGGACUCGUGGCUUCUUGCUGGAGUCCGGAUGGCCGUCACAUUCUCAAUACUACAGAGUUCCACCUGCGGAUAACUGUCUGGUCCUUGUGUACAAAAUCUGUGUCUUAUAUCAAGUAUCCCAAGGCCUGUCAGCAGGGAAUAGCAUUCACAAAGGAUGGCCGGUACAUGGCCUUGGCAGAGAGGAGGGACUGCAAAGACUACAUCAGCCUCUUUGUAUGCAGUGAUUGGCAGCUUCUGAGGCAUUUUGAUACUGAAACACAGGACCUGGCUGGGACAGAAUGGGCGCCGAAUGGCUGCGUGUUGGCGGUGUGGGACAGCUGCUUGGAGUAUAAAGUUUUGCUGUACUCCCUCGACGGGCGUUUGCUGUCCACAUACUGUGCUUAUGAAUGGUCACUAGGCAUUAAAUCUAUCGCCUGGAGCCCCAGCAGCCAGUUCUUGGCAAUCGGCAGUUAUGAUGAAAAGGUGCGCAUUCUGAACCAUGUGACUUGGAAGAAAAUUACAGAAUUUGAGCAUCCUGCAAACAUUGCUAGCCCAAAGAUAAUUGUCUAUAAGGAGGUGGAGAAAUCGCCAGCAGUUGAAGUGGAGAAACUUGCCUUCCCCCCUACCAAGAAAAUGGCAAUCUCUCUCUUUAGCACGAAGAGCAAAUAUGAAAUUGCCCAGGUCCCAGUUUCUUUGCAUCAUGUCAAACCUGCGGUAGACCGAGCAAAUCCUAGAAUUGGAGUUGGAAUGUUAGCUUUUAGCUCAGAUAACUGCUUCCUGGCGACCAGAAAUGAUAAUAUUCCUAACGCUAUUUGGAUCUGGGAUGUCCAAAAGAUGAAGCUGUUCGUGAUCCUGGAGCAGCUGUGUCCCGUCCAGCUUUUCCAGUGGGAUCCCCGUCAGUCCCGGCUUGCCAUUUGUACUGGGAACAGCAGAGUGUACCUCUGGUCCCCAGCAGGAUGCGUGUCUGUACAGGUACCAGUGGAAGGUGACUUCCAGGUAACUUCUCUGUGCUGGCACUCCAGUGGGGACUCUCUGGCUCUCCUGAGUAAGGACAAUUUUUGUAUGUGUUAUUUAGAAAAAGAAGAGGAAGAUGUGAAAUAGCUACACCCAAAGCUAAGCUGGGUUAAAACGGAAGCCUGGUUUUGUGUACUGGUUCUCCAGCAUUGCAAGUGGAGGGGGAGGGUAGAGAGAAACUGCUGCUGGGCUUAGUCUGUAUAUAGAUGUGUGGAAGCUUGUAUUUGCCCUUGAUGCACUUUAAACAGCUGAGCAGUAUAAAAUGUUAUGAAAUAGUGAGGAAACAGGUGUUUUAGCUUUAAACUUCUAGAUCCAUUUACAACAUAAUGUGUAUCUUAGUGUGUAAACUACUUAGUUUAUUUUGAAAAUAAAACAUUUUUGUUACAUAAUGUAUUAUUAAAA